CACACAGGUCUUGCGGGGCUCAUGGCUGCUGUCGAGCCUGGAUAUUUUGUGCGGCCGGUUAAGCUGCGAUCCGGUGCCGAGCUCCGCAUUAAGCAGUGUGACGCCGGCGAUGUGGGCUGUGUGGUGUGGGACGCGGCACUGGUGCUGGCCAAGUACCUGGAGACCAACUCCUUCUACCGGGGGGGGCUUCACACCUUUACCGGGAGGAGCGUGGUGGAGCUGGGCUCAGGCACCGGACUAGUGGGGCUGAUGGCUUCCGUUCUGGGGGCACAUGUCACAGUCACAGAUCUUGAAGACAUGCAGGAGUUACUUAACAUAAACAUCAGUGAUAACAAGCACUUGGUUACUGGUUCUAUUGAAGCCAAGGUACUUAAAUGGGGUGAAAGUGUGAAAGACCUUCCACCUGAGCCAGACUACAUUCUUGUGGCGGACUGUAUUUACUAUGAGCAGUCCCUAGAGCCUCUACUGAGGACGCUGAAGGAGCUUGCAGGGAAGAAUAGCUGCAUCAUAUGUUGCUAUGAAGAGAGGACAAUGGGAAACAACCCUGAAAUAGAGAUUUGUUUUUUUAAGCUUUUGCAGACUGAUUUUGAAAUAGAAGAGAUUCCAUUGGACAGGCAUGAUGAGGAAUACAGAAGUGAAGACAUUCAUAUUUUACACAUAAAGAGGAAAGGAAUUCAUUGAGGUUUCUUUUUCUUGAAUCUUCUUUUGUUUUCAAACACCCCCCAAAAAUUCAACCACUACUACAGCAAUAAAUGUAUACUUUUUUUUUAAAAAACAUAGCUCAUGAAAUGACAUUUAGUACGUGGAUGUUACCUCUUCACAGAAUGUCAUUACAUUAUUAUGUUUCAGUUGUCAUCAGUAUUCUCUCUAACAUUUAUCCUGGCUGUAUGCAAGCUGUAUCAUUAUGUUACAGAUUUGUUUGAAACUGUAGUUAAUUUGUAUAAUGAUAUUGUAGGAGAGAGGUGUUCAUUCUCUGAUUUGUUUGUAGUUCAUUAACAGGUUUGUUGUCAUGAGUUGUGACAUGAUACAGCAUGUCUUAAUGUUGGAUUUAACCUCUGCUAAGUCUAAUUGUGUGAAUACUAUGGAAUGUUCUGACAGACCCCUGGUACUCUCCUAGACCAUUGUUCUUUUGGAUUUUUCUUAUGCUUCUGUAAAAAGGGAAUUCCAAAUGUUUGUUGAGGGUCCUCCACCUUCUCCAAGAUUUUCAAUUCGCCAGCCCCCAACACCUCAUCUUUACCAUGGAUAUUCAGUCUCUGUACACCUCUAUCCCCCAUGAGGAGGACCUAAAAGCUCUCCCUUUCUUCCUGUCCCACAGGCCCAACCAGUUGCCCUCCUUCAACACCCUUGUUUGGCGGAACUAGUCCUCACCCUCAACAGUUUUUCCUUUGAUUCCUCCCACUUCCGACACCAAAGGGCUGGCUAUGGCCACUGGCAUCGGUCCAAGCUAUGCCUGCCUCUUCGUCGGAUAUGUGGAACAGACUCCCUUCUGCAGCUACACCAGUACCAUCCCUCCCCUCUUCCUCCGCUACAUUGAUGAUUGUAUCAGUGCUGCCUCAUGCUCCCACGAGGAGCUCUAAUAGUUCAUCCACUUCACCAACACCUUUCACCCUGACCUCAAAUUCAUCUGGACCAUCUCUGACACCUCCCUCCCCUUCCUGGACCUCUCCAUCUUCAUCUCCGGCAACUGACUUAGCACUGAAAUCCAUUUCAAACCCACUGACUUGCACAGCUACUUCGACUACACCUCCUCUCACCUGCCCUCCUGUGAUCCCAUACUCCUAAUUUCUCUGCCGUAUCUGCUCCCACGAUGAAGUGUUCCACUCCUGGAAGGACUGUAAUUUCACCUCUCCUGUGAUUCAUAAUGCCCUCAACCGCAUCUCCUGCAUUUCCUGCACUUCUGCCCUCAAAACCCCUCCCCCUAACAACAAAGAGGAUAGAGUCCUCCUGGUCCUCACAUAUCACCCCACCAAUCUCCAAAUCUAACGCGUCAUUCUCCGCCAUAUUCGUCACCUGCAAUCAGACCCCACCACCAAAAAGAUAUUUCCUUCCCUAGCCGUAACUGCUGUCCAUAGGAACCGCUCACUCCACGACUCCCUUGUCAGCUCCACACUCCCCACCAACCUUUCCACCACACGGGGCAUAGGAAGUGCUACACCUGCCCCUGCACCUCCCCUCUCCCCUCUCCCCUCCGUUCAAGGUCCCAAACAGUUAUUCCAAAUCCAGCAGAGAUUCACCUGUACAUCUAACCUGGUCUCUUGCCUCUGUUGCUCCCGAUGUGUUCUCCUCCAUAUCGGAGAGACCAAGCGCAGACUCAGUGACCGAUUCGUAGAGAAUCUGUGCUCUGUACGCUCCAGUCAACACCACCUUCCAGUUGCCAGCCAUUCCAACUCCACCUCCCACUCCCUUGGCGACAUGUCCAUUCUUGGACCUCGUCCACUAUCAAAAUAAGGCCACAUGUAACUUGGAGGAACAACACCUUAUUAUCCGCCUCAGGAGCUUACAGCCCAAUGGCCUCAGCAUAGAGUUCACUAGCUUCAAAAUCUCCCCACCCUGGCCUCAUCUUAUCUUAUGUCCAGCCCUCCCUCUUAUCUUUGCCUCCUUGACCUGAUGCAGCCUGUCCAUCUUCCUCCUCACCUAUCUGCUGCUACUGACCAAUCUCUACAACCCCCUACCUGCAUCCACCUAUCACCAUCCCACCUACCUUUCCCCCAGCCCCAUUCCCUCCCUCUAUUUAUUUCUGAGCUCCCUUCCCAGUCCUGAUGAAGGGUCCAGACCCAAACAAUUGACUUUCCUGCACCUCCAGUGCAGUCUGACCUGCUGUGUUUCUCAGCUCCACACUUUAUCAAUUCAGAAUGUUAGUUGGUUUUCAACAGUGAUGUUGUUGAUCACGUUUGAAAACUGCUGAAUUAACUGUUUUGCAAUGUUAAUGUGUGCAAUAUUUUCAACACAAGUUUGAAAAUGACCUGAUUUUGAAGUUCUUUAAUUUUGAAAUUAUUAAAUAAUUACACA